CGCUAAAGAAUGCCCCCGACGGUGACGGCGCCGAUCUUUUUUCAUCUUGGAAAUACAAAGUCAAGCGCUGUUUGUCCAAACCAGGUCAUCGUUACGUGAAGAUCAUGUAUGGUUUAAUGAUCACCCCUUUGCGCAUUGACAACUUCAAAUGAUGGGUAUUGCCACAAGAGGGAUGAUAUGGAAUGCAAGCCAAGUCAACGAAGGGGAAAAACGAAAAGAUUAACGAGUCAACUAGAUCUUCCAAUCUGGGGAACAACCUGUCCCGAGCCCAGAAGCUCUUAAGAUGUCAAAACCAACCCCAUCCAACAACUCAUGAAAGAUAAUAUUAUCUUACUCUGUGAAUUCACUUGCUCUGCUUCCUCCUCCUAUCUCUACAUAUAUACAAGGCGCCCUGCCAAGACAGAGGUACCAAUUCAAGAUCUCUCAUUGAGCCUUUCUUCUGCAAUCUUGUCACAGAGAUCAUAGAUGGCAACUCUCAGAUCAUUGACUUGCUUUGUUCUAGCAGCACUGCUGAUAGAAGUAGCCGCGGCAGCUAGCUACACGGUCGGAGGGAGCGGCGGGUGGGACACGAGUACUGAUUUCCAGACUUGGGCAUCAUCUCAGAAGUUCAUAGUAGGAGAUACUCUAGUCUUUCGGUACACACCAACCCAUGAUGUAACCGAAGUCACCAAGGCAGACUAUGACUCUUGCCAAGCAACCAGCCCAAUCAAAACAAGCACCGGUGGCUCCACCACUGUUUCACUCACAUCUCCGGGCAAGAGAUACUUCAUUUGCGCUACCCCGGGACACUGCGCCGCAGGAAUGAAGCUCGAAGUAGACACCCUUGCAGCCACUUCAUCCCCGCCACCAGCCAUUCCCACCACCCCUCCACCCGCAUCUCCCGCCACCCCACCGCGGAGAUCCCCAGCUGCUUCCCCGCCGUCAAAAUCUCCAGCAGCCUCUCCUCCAGCAAAAUCUCCAGCUAGUCUGACUCCUACAACACCCGAAUCCUCACCGGCAACGGCUCCUACAACACCCGAAUCCUCACCGGCAACGACGCCAGGAUUGGCUCCUCCAAGCGAAACUGGCGCGGAAUCGCCAAAGUCAUUGGCCAAUAGAGGAAGUUUGACUUUUACUUGGGCAAUGGGAGUAUGCUUCGUAGUCGUGAGCCUUCUGGCUGUGUAAGGAGCUAAACAUUUUUUUGUGAUUCUUUUAGAUCUCUGCAUUUGAUAAAUUUUUUUGUAUCUUCCGUCACAUAUUUCUGGUGUGUUUGAGAAGUCACUUGUACUUUUUAGAGCAGAGAAGGGAUCAUCAUUCGUGACCCAAUAAUAAAAUAGUCAGGCAGCUUUU